AGAGCUGCACCACCGGAAGCGAGAGAGGUGCUGUGUAAUCGCCGAGGAGCCGAGGCCCUUGGAGCUCCUAAAAUGCCGGAUUACCUCGGUGCUGAUCAGCGGAAAACCAAAGAGGAUGAGAAGGACGACAAACCCAUCCGAGCUCUGGAUGAGGGGGAUAUUGCCUUGCUCAAAACUUACGGUCAGAGCACUUACUCUAGGCAGAUAAAGCAGGUUGAAGAUGACAUUCAGCAACUUCUCAAGAAGAUCAAUGAGCUUACUGGUAUCAAAGAAUCUGAUACUGGCCUGGCCCCACCAGCACUCUGGGAUUUGGCUGCAGAUAAGCAAACAUUGCAGAGUGAACAGCCUUUGCAGGUUGCGAGGUGUACGAAGAUCAUCAAUGCUGAUUCGGAGGACCCAAAGUACAUUAUCAACGUGAAGCAGUUUGCCAAGUUUGUGGUGGACCUUAGUGAUCAAGUGGCACCUACUGACAUUGAAGAAGGGAUGAGGGUUGGUGUGGACAGAAAUAAGUAUCAAAUUCACAUUCCGCUGCCUCCCAAGAUUGACCCAACAGUCACCAUGAUGCAGGUGGAAGAGAAACCUGAUGUCACAUACAGUGAUGUAGGUGGCUGUAAGGAACAGAUUGAGAAACUUCGAGAAGUAGUUGAAACCCCAUUACUUCAUCCAGAGAGGUUUGUUAACCUUGGCAUUGAGCCUCCCAAGGGUGUGCUGCUCUUUGGCCCGCCAGGUACAGGCAAGACCCUCUGUGCUCGGGCAGUUGCUAACAGGACUGAUGCUUGCUUCAUUAGAGUUAUUGGAUCUGAACUUGUACAGAAGUACGUCGGUGAGGGGGCUCGAAUGGUUCGUGAGCUCUUUGAAAUGGCCAGAACAAAAAAAGCCUGCCUUAUCUUCUUUGAUGAAAUUGAUGCUAUUGGAGGGGCUCGUUUUGAUGAUGGUGCUGGAGGAGACAACGAAGUGCAGAGAACGAUGCUGGAACUGAUCAACCAGCUGGACGGUUUUGAUCCUCGAGGGAACAUUAAGGUGCUGAUGGCCACGAACAGGCCGGACACUUUGGAUCCAGCACUCAUGAGGCCAGGGAGGUUGGACAGAAAGAUUGAAUUUAGCUUACCAGAUCUAGAGGGUCGGACUCAUAUUUUUAAGAUCCAUGCUCGCUCAAUGAGUGUCGAAAGGGACAUCAGAUUUGAACUGUUAGCACGACUGUGUCCAAAUAGCACUGGUGCUGAGAUUAGAAGCGUCUGCACAGAAGCUGGUAUGUUUGCUAUCAGAGCACGGCGAAAAAUCGCUACUGAGAAGGAUUUCCUGGAGGCCGUGAAUAAGGUCAUUAAGUCUUACGCCAAAUUCAGUGCCACUCCCCGCUAUAUGACCUACAACUGAGCCCUGAAGGCUUCCAUGAAAACCUUUCUUUUUGUUGGAAUCCUAACCUUAUUAAAUAGACUUGUUAAUAACCAUUACACAAAAAUGAAGUGGUUCAAAGUUGUAUGUUUUCAGACAUCUUUUUUCUGUAGUAUAAUAAAGGUGAUAUCUGACGUCAUUUGUCAGAAAAUGACAAA